AUGACGAUCGAAACACAAAGUUUGAAAGGAAAAGUUGCCGUCGUCAGUGGGUCCUCGCUUGGCCUAGGUGCGGCCAUUGUGCGAGAGCUUUCCCGGCGUGGGGCAUCCGUCGCGAUCAAUUAUCCGUAUCCAGAUGAAAAAGCAAACGCUGAGAGAGUUGUUGAAAGCCUCGGUCCUGACUCCAAAUCUGUAAUCAUCGAAGCAGAUAUGUCGACUGAGACCGGGCCACGAUUUCUGGCGGAUAGGGCUGCAGAAGCAUUCGGCAAAAUCGACAUCUUGAUCAACUGCGCAGGCAUAAAUCGCAUGAUGAGCCUUGAUGAUCCGGAUGAGCGAAAGGUACAAACAGCAUGGGACUUGAUUGCUCGUACAAACGCGAGAGGAACCUUCAUGCUUACGCGUGCAACACUGAAGCAUCUUGCUCGAGAAGGGUCGCGCAUCAUCAAUAUUGGGAGCGGGGUCUCCCGGGCAGCGGACCCACACUCGAGCAUUUACGCAGGGUCGAAGGGCAUGAUUGAAAGUUAUACCCAGUGCUGGGCAAUGGAAUUGCCACGCAAGUACGGUUGCACGGUCAACGGAAUUGCACCUGGUAUCGUGGAAACAGAGACAUUUCUUGCUGCACCGAAGGAACUCAGAGACUCACUUCAACCCAAAAUUGAUGUCACCCCCGUUGCGCCUCGCGCAGCGAGACCAGAAGAAGUUGCAUGGGUCGUUGCAACGUUGUGUGAGAAGGAGGCGGGUUGGUUGAAUGGUCUCUACCUGCCAGUGUCCGGUGGUUUGUUCAUGUUCUGA